CGCGGCCGUGUGAAGCCCGAAUAGAGAAGAUGCUUUGGCUGCUCGUGCUCGCGCUGGCCGCUUCGCUAAUUGCUGGCACCUCGACGUGCGCUGUGGGCGACAGAACCUGUGCGACGGACGCUCGCAACGUUCGCCUCUCCAACGGCGUGUCGAUGCCGUGGGUCGGCCAAGGGCUCGCAGGCAUGAAGGGCGACGUGACGGCGACUGCGGUGCAGCUCCAUGUCGCUGCGGGGUUUCGCGCGCUCGACGGCGCGCAGGCCAAAGAAUGGUACGAUGACGUGGCAGCCGGCAAUGCACUCGCGGCGAUAUUGCAGUCGACGCCGUCGCUGUCGCGGCGCGAUUUUUUCAUUGCGUCCAAGGUGCACCCGGCGUUCCUCGGGCAAGUCGAGGUCGCCGUGCGCGAGAUGUUUGUCUCGUGGCACCUCGAUUGGGACACUGAUGCAAUCGACUUGGUCUACCUGCACUACCCCGCGUGUGGCGACCAUAUUCCCGACUGCCGCGGUCAGCCCGUCGGUGACUGGCGCCCCGCCUGGCGGGCGCUCGAGCGGCUCUACGACGACGGCAAGAUCCGCGCGCUCGGCGCCUCCAACUUUGACGCCACGCAGCUCCACGAGCUGUGGGUGAUGGCGACGACGCCACCGCAUGUAGUUCAAAUGUGGGUCGACCCGUUCCAUCAAGCGAGGGGCGAUCGCGCCUUUGUGAUUGGCCACGGCGGCGUCGUCGUCGGCUAUUCGUCCUUGGGCACACAGUGGCCAACUAACCCCGUGUGGUCGUCGCCCGUGCUCCAAGCCAUCGCUGCCAAGCACGCGACCUCGGUCGCCUCCGUGGUCCUGAGUUACUUUCUGCAGCGAGGCGUGGCCAUGAUUCCGCGCAGCACCAAGUUGGCCCACGUCCAGGCCAACGCACGCUUGCUCGAGCCGCACUACGUGGCUUCGCUCCUUGAUGCUGCAGACCGCGAUGCGAUUGCGGCGCUCGAUGGGCAGUACGAGGCGCGUCCUCACGACGAAAUAUAAGUCCUUUUAGGAAUACCUUGAGUCGCUCGUCAUUUGUGCUUAUCUCAAGUUGUAUGGGGCGC